AUGUAAUUACAUGAUUUAAGACACCAAUAUACGGCACUUGCUAUAUACUUAAAGCGUAGACACUAAGACAUCGCCAAGAUGAAGAAUAUCGCAGCCAUCUCUACUCUCCUCCUUUCCGUUGUCUCUGGCGCGCCAGUCGAGCAACGUCAAGCCACAGAGUUCGACAUUACCAACUUCAGUGCCAACACUAUUCCUCAUGGCACUGGCGCCUUUUUGUCUUACGACAUCACCAUACCUGGAGUGCUCAGUACCAACUGCUUCUACUCUGACCAGUCAUCCGUCGGUUCAAUCCCAGACAUCACACCAUAUCGUGGUUGCGCCGACGCCGCUGUUCAGUGGCAGUUCCGUCACGAGCCUUCGCAGCCAGGUGGCUCGGCUCCUUACUUGCUCGUGAUUACCUACAAGGAUUUGAACACUGGCGUCACAGUUGCCGGGUCCAAGGAAUGGCCUUCAACGGACUUCCCGUUCGAAGACUUUGGCAGCACCGUCGCACAAUUUUAUAGGGGCGAACCAAACUUUGUUGUCGAUGACGUACAGUAGAUGGUGGGUCUAAUAGUUUCCAGGUCGAACAGGAUUCCUGGAGGA